UUCCAUCAACAAAAAUGGAGACAAUGAAAGUAGCCAGAAAUUUUGAGAAUUUAAAGAACCCACAUCCUUUGUGGUUAUAUGCAGGUACUAACAAACAGGGCGUAACACAAUUUUUUUUUAGAGCUCAUCUCUAUAUAGUUUAUAGUAAAAGAUUUUUCAACUAAUUUGAUCUGAAGGGAUAGAAACAACCAGGAUGUCUAGUUUUAGUUCUUUAUUCGGGGGUAAUAAAGGAGACAGUUAUGAUCUGGCUGUUGACUCUUUAUUUAAGAAGUCAAGUGAUGGUCCGGUGUCAAGAAAUCAAUUAAAGAGUGAUAGAACUGUGAUUGAGAUCCCACAAAGAGAACCAAUAGAAGAAGAUGAUGAUGAUGAAGAAGUUGAUGACGAUGAAGAAAACGAUGAUGAAGAUGAAGAGGAAGAAAUAGAAGAACCAGUUGCCAAAAAAAGUAAGAAAAAGAAGGAUGCUCAUGAUGAUUUAGAACAUCAAUAUUAUGCAAAAUUAUUAAAAGAAGACGAACCUAAGUCAGAAGAAAAGGAAGAAAAAGAAGAUAAAGAAGAUGAAGAAGAAGAUAAUAGUGGAAGUGAUGAUGAUAAUGAUUCAACUGAAGAAACUUCAACCAAAGAAACUAAAGGUAGGGCUGCCAAAACCAUUGAUUUAAAAGAAACUGAAUUAGAAAAAGCUGAAAGAACUAUCUUUGUAGGUAAUUUAACUGCAAAUGUUAUUAAUUCAAAACCAAUUGCUAAAAAAUUAAAACAAUUAUUCUCAGAAGUUGGUAAAAUUGAUUCUGUAAGAUAUAGAUCUAUUGCAUUUGAAGAAAAUUUACCAAGAAAGAUUGCUAUUGCUAAAAGGAAUUUACAUAAAUCAAGAGAUACUUUGAAUGCUUAUAUUGUAUAUAAAGAAAAACCAUCAUCAUUAAAAGCUGUUACUAGAUUCAAUGGUACUAUAUUUGAACAUUUCCAUCUUCGAGUUGAUCAUAUUGCUCAUCCUUCACCAAAAGAUAAUAAAAGAACUAUAUUUGUGGGUAAUUUAGAUUUUGAAGAAAAGGAAGAAACUUUAUGGAGAUAUUUUAAUUCUAAAUUGAAUAAUGAUGUUGAAUCAGUUAGAGUUAUUCGUGAUUCUAAGACUAAUGUUGGUAAAGGGUUUGCCUUAGUUCAAUUCAAUGAUACCUUAUCUGUUAAUAAAGCAUUAUUAUUACAUGAUAAACCAAUUGAAAAUUAUCAAGAUUCUACCAAUUCCGAUUCUAAAAAGAAAAAAUUAGGUAGAAAAUUACGUAUAUCAAGAGCUAAUUCCAAAGUUAAGCCUUCAACUUUAUCACCAAAUCAUAUUGAUAAUGUUAAGAAAUCUUAUGCAUCAAGUAAAUCAAGAUUUUCUAAUAAUAAUGUUAAUUUAACUGAACAACAAAAAGUUAAAUUAGGUAGAGGUAAAUCCAUCUUAGGUAAAGCUGAUAAAUCCACCAUUGGUCAAGCCAAGAGACAAAUCAUUGAAGGUCAUAGAGCCUCCAAGGGUCAACCUAUAGUUGGUAUCAAGGGACUUAAAACUGGUAAAGUUAAGAAACCAAGAUUAAGAGAUAGAUCUACCAAAUUUAAAGCUGAAAGAAAACAAAUGCAAACUGAAGUUGCCACCCCAAAUAACAGAGGAAGUGAUAGAAAGUAAGUAAGUAAUCGAAGUAAAUAAAAUAGCUUAUAAAUCAUAUGUAUAAUAGACGUAAAUAAUAUUAGAUCAUCCAUUCAUUAUCCCUAAUUCAGUAAAAGCAAAAGUUUAUAGUACAACCUUAUCAGUUAUAUUUAAAGCCAAAGGGAGAAGUGGCUACGAAAAGAAACAAAUUGUGGAUGGUUGUAAAGGGGAAUAAAUGCGAAAGGGGGAAUCACAAUUAGUGAGUGCUAGGCUAGGGGGCAGAGGCAGAACAAAAGAUAGUGAGUGACGCGGGGGGGGGGCAGGGAGAAGUCCUCUUACGAUAUAAAAUGGCAGUAAAUUAUCUCUUAUCUCUACGAAUGAUUUCCUCCUUCUUUUUCUUCUUCUUCUUCUUCUUCUUGUUCUAUAGACUCAAUUGAAUCAAUUGUAUCAAACAUGGGUAACAAACCUUCCAAAUCAGACUCUGUGAGUCAAACUACUACUGCUUCUUCCCGUUCUGAAGAAUCACUUA